AUGAGUGAAAUGGGAAUUCAUCUAAUAAAUGAAGGGAUUUAUCAAUAUAUUAAGAAUUCUUUUAUUUCUGAUCAACUAAAAAUGCGUUAUGACAAUAUAAUUAAUAUGAUGGUAUACGGAAUGAUGGGCUACGGUACUCAAGAACUUAUUUUACAUGUUUUUGAGUUAAAGCAAAGAAUAACUAUUGGAUUAACAAUACCAUUUGCUCUUACUAAUUUUAUUCAAGAGGUUAAAAUGGAAAUGAAUGUAAAUCCUAACAUGAGAGAAUAUUAUGUGAAUUUCAUUAAAGAAUUGGAGAACAAAUGGGCUACUGCUGUUUUUGAAUAUUUAGCCUCUUUAUAUGAUCAUGACACUAAUAAAAUAAUAAUUAAAACAGAAGACAAUGAAGAGGAAGGAGAGAAAGACGAUGAACAUCAUUAUUUUAAACUUUUGAGUGCAAAUACAUUUUGGGUACAAAUUAAAGGAGUAGAAAAUCCAGCAAAAAGAUAUCGUACGGAAAAUGAUUUGGCGAUUGUUGCAGCUGUAGGAGAUGCAAAUACAAGUGCUCAUUUUUUCACUGGAAGCGGAUUAAGCACAGGCAAGCUUUUAAUAAACUAG